GCGCUCGGGUGCGCGCCGAAGCCGGAGCUCGCGUGCGCGCGGCCGGGCAGCCUGGGCGGUGGGUCCUGCUUGCGACAGGCGGUGGCACAGGGUCCUGACUGUGACGGAGGUGGCUGCUCCAGACGAGGGCGGCGGAGGCAGCGGCGGCGGCAGUAGCAGCAGCAGCAGCAGCAGCGGUGGCGGCGGCAGCAGCAGCGGGCGCGGAGAUGUGGCCCCUGGUGGUGCUGCUGCUGCUGAGCUCGGCUUGCUGCGGUUCAGCCCAGCUAACAUUUAAUGCAGUCAAAUCUGUAGAAUACACCGCUUGCAAUGACACUGUCAUCAUCCCAUGCUUUGUUAAUAACGUGGAGGCAGAUAACCUUAAAGAAAUGUAUUUAAAGUGGAAAUUUGGGAAAAGUUGGAUUUUCAUCUAUGAUGGAGAUAGAGAUGUUUCCAACCACAGCGAAGGCUACAGCAGUGCCGAGAUCAACAAACUUGGAUUGCUAAAGGGCAUUGCAGCUUUGAAGAUGAAAAGGAAGGAUGCUGUCCCAGGAAACUACACUUGUGAAGUAACAGAAUUAAGCAGAGAAGGUGAAACCAUCAUAGAACUGAAGUAUCGUGAAGUUUCAUGGUUUUCUACAAAUGAAAAUAUUCUUAUCAUUAUUUUCCCAAUGUUGGCUGUGCUUCUCUUCUGGGGACAGUUUGGUAUUGUGACACUUAAAUAUAGUUCCAGUGUUUCGAGGGAGAAGUCCAUUUUUUUAUUUAUUGCUGGAAUAGCGCUCACUGCAUUUGUCGUCGUUGGAGCCAUUCUUUUGGUCCCAGGUGAAUAUUCAACAAAGAAAGCCAGUGGACUUGGUUUAAUUGUGGUUCCUACAGUGAUAUUAAUAUUACUUCAGUACUCUGUGUUUAUGAUAAGUCCAGCUGUUGGGCUGUCCUCCUUCAGCAUUGCCAUACUGGUCAUUCAGCUGCUGGGCUUUGUGCUCUCUGUGGUUGGACUAAGCCUUUGUGUCUCAGCGUGUUCCCCAGUGCACGGCCCUCUUCUGAUUUCAGGUUUGGGUGUUGUAGCUUUAGCAGAGUUACUUGGACUAGUUUAUAUGAAAUUUAAUGCAUCUGAUCAGAGGACUAUACAACCUCCUAGGGUGCAGGAGCUACUUUAUGCGAAUAAAACCUGGAAAGUGCUGUGCCGUACCCAUCUUCCGAAAGCUGUAGAGGAACCCCUUAAUGCAUUUAAAGAAUCAAAGGGAAUGAUGAAUGAUGAAAAUCAGUAUAAGGACCUUGAGUACCUCUUCCUUUGUUUGAGUUCCCACUAGCUGAAUUGAAGUGAUGGACUCAGAUUUGGGAAGUAGUAAGACAUGGAAAGAAUGCACUUGUGUCUAAGCACCACGGCCUUGAUUUGCUCCCUCGGCAAGAGAAGAUGACUUUCAUCUUUAAUAAAAAGUAAAUCAUUGACUUUUGGAUGGUUACUCCAGUUAAGUUUUUAUUCAAAGCAUUUGUGAUUUAGUUAAUAAAAGAAUUAUGAUGUGUUGUGUGCCCAA